GACAAGAGUUGACGCGAGGAAAGUGUGGGCAUAACAGGACGCGGAGAAGAAAAACAUUGAUAAGAAAAGUAAAAGGGAUUGUGGGAAACGCGUUUCUUUGGAGCUAAGAAUCUGAAGCGUUACCUGGAAGACAUCAUUAUAUCUUGCAGUGUUGGAUCCAAGGUCGUAGAGAAUAAGAAGUUGCACGACAAAACAAAGGGAGAAAGAGAUUAAGGAGAAGAUCAUGUGUUUAGUGUUUGUGUGUGGAGAGGAUGAGAAGGUGUUGUCCAGACAGCCAGCACCUGGUGCAUGCCCUUACUGCGGAGGGAUGAUUCAAGCUAUGGACGUAGAGACCCGAUGGAAUUUCUGUUUUCUGCCUUUAUACUUCAAAACCAAACGCAGGUAUUACUGCACCAUCUGCACCAGACCACUCGUCCUCCAAUAAUAUAUAUAUAUAUAUAUAUAUAUAUAUAUAUAUAUAUAUAUAUAUAUAUA